UGACCAAAUGCAUCUACCGUUCAUGUAAAUGUCCAUGGAAUAAAGUCAUGUUAUAGAAAAGUGCAUGUUGAGUUGGAAUGUCAAUGCCUUUUGGAAAGAUGUCUAGGCGUUCAAACUCUCUUCCUUCCAUUGCAUUUAAUCGUGUAGGUCUUCAGCCAAGCAGCAGCGAUGAGGAAAUUCUAUUUAGUGUUUCGUCAAAACUAAAGAACACAAUAAGAACUGGCAAUUUCCGAUCAACGUUCAGGCAAAAAGUUAGACAUUUAACGAACAAAUGGAAACGAUCGCGAAGUGGCAGUGAUGUUUGUCUUGAUUAUGAUUUUAAACUUUACCAGCAGACGUCUCAGUCAGAUUGGGGCAAUUUUUCGAGGUCCACAAGUUUUGAGUAUGAGAACCUUUACCGUGGCCUGGUGCGGAGUUUGCUGCAUCCAUUAGGGGCUCCAGACACCACAUCGGAACUUCGACCUGGGGACUUACUUGACUACCUUAGAAAGGUGUUUGAUGUGGAGCGGGCAGAUCAUGAACUCUACAUCAUGGAGGAGAUGCCUAACAGGCCCGUCCGUUUGCAGGCAAAUGUUACAGUACUGGAAGCAAAUGGACUCCGAGGGGUUGACUUCUCUGAAGACACAUGCAACUCAUACUGCCUUAUCAUGAACCAGCCAGCCAGGGGAAAGAACUCCAGUGCUAGCACCUCACCUAGAAUGCUCUCCCCUCAAGUGAGCCCUAAAUUUAUCCACCGAAACUCCCCAAGGGGGAGUGCAUCCUCUACCCCGACAGGCUCUCCCGUGUUUUCCUCAAACGAGAUGGCAGGGUUGUCCCCCCAGCUGGUUCGCAAGGGGGCCAAUUUUAGCGAGCCGGCAAUUGCCAGGACAAGGACUGUGAAGAACUCCUCCCACCCCAAAUGGAAUGAAAGUUUUGUGCUGGAGAUCGAGGAUUUCCAUACGGAUGAGCUGCAUAUUCAUGUAUGUGAUGAGGAGGGAUCACUGGAUACUAAGCCGGAGAAAAAGCCUCUCAAAGCGUUUCUAAGUGUACUACGACACAGUAGUGAACAAGACACCACUAUCUCUGACGGUUGCUUUGGGAAAAUCGUUGUUCCUGUCAGGGAUAUUUUGGCCCUGGGUACAGACGAAUGGUACGAUAUCAUGUCUAUUGCCCCAAGCAAGGGCAAGCCACGUGCAGUGGGCAAGUGUCACCUUAGACUGAGUAUCUCAUACAGGCUGGCUCCUGGGGAAGGAUGUCACUAUUCCAGUGAGGAUUAUCUACAGGCCUACCGUCAGUUCCUCAAACACACCUAUGCUACAUCCAGGAAAAAUCCCUCUAGGCACGUAGGUGACCAGUAUGGAUGCAUGAGUCUGAAAGACCACAGAAUCCUGAAGAUGUUUGCAGAAGCCCACUGCAUAUCCAAGCUCUCACAGGCUAUUGUGAAUGUGAUCUGUCUGCUGGAGCUGCAGUGUGAGGAUGAGCUUGAUGACAGGGGAGACUUUACUCUCCUGUACGCCCUCGAGGACCUACAUAUUACCUGGGCGGCCAUGCAGAUAGGCCAGCAGAACGUCAUAGAUCGCAUGCCUCUCACUGAUAUCGAGUUGUCAAACUACCGGCGUGUGGCAGCACGUUACAUUCAACUGAAGAGUAGCAAGGUGGAUGAAUUACCUCCCCUGUUUCCUCCUUCCAUGGAAACUCUCCAUGUGCUCAAAGCCAGACUUUGUGUGGUAGUCCAGCUGCUAAGCCUUGACCUUUGGGAAGCCAGCUGUGACCCAAAGGCUGACAUAUCAGACCGUCUCACGAAGAAGCUUCAAGCAGGGAUUGAGGAUUGGAUCCAGGAACGUGUGGCUGAGGUCCACGAGACAAAGACGAAGGUCAGGGACAAGGUUACGGUGGAGAUUGAAAAUCUCAUUGAGUUGGUAAAUGUGACUGCUUCCCACUGCACGAUUCUGCCAGUGUUGCGACUGUUCUUCAACAGUCUCGGCAUCAACUACUACAGGCUCGUCAGCUUUACCCUGGAGAAAAUGAUCUCGGCAGAGUCGAUGAAGAUCACGGAGAAGAUGAAUCAGUAUAAGAAACGCUACCACAAUUUCUCUGUGAACAUCAUGAUGGCAAGCAGGCAGUCACUGAGAUUGUAUUUCUCCGUGCGUACACUGCAUGGUGUGAUUAGGGAAAAUGUCAGCAGGAGGGACUCCUUCCGCCUUGGUCUGUCACACUACCAAGAUUGGUUUGAGGAGUCAAUGAACUACUGGCUACAGACAUUUCGCACUGAGUGUGUGCAGCGCAUGGAAAAGGCCCUUGAAAUUGACAAAGAUGUUGUUGUUGUGACGAGCCUGGUGAAAUACUCGCAUUCCUCUGUUGACGUCCUGUCAUGUUUUGCUCAGGUGAUUGGAGAAUGGAGGAAGAUAGAUAUCCGAGACCCGGACAGUGCCUUGAUGGGGGUGAUCAAUGUCACCGAUAUUAUCUGUGAUGGAGCAAGACUUUAUGCUCAGAAGAUUCAGUCCAUCUUGGAAAGGAACUGUUACUAUGACAACAACCGAAAUGCUGAAUUUGAUAUCAAUGACAGGUUGUGUAUAACCGUGAACAACAUUGAGCAUGUUAGGCUGUACCUAUCGGAACUCUCUGAGCUGCUAGCCUGGGACACGGUGAUCAUGAUGAUUUCCACAAGCCACAACGAUGAUGCUGUUGGCAAGCAGGCACAUGACACGCUUCAACGCCUAAUUGACACAGCCAAUGAGGAAAUUUUGUCCAAAUGUGCAGGUCUGCUACAACAAAUUUGUGACAAGAUGAAAGUGGUGAUUGAUCGAUUCACGGAGCUCUUCACAAAAAAAUCCCCGGAGAAGACUUCCUCAGUGGACCCAUUGCUGGGCUACAUUGCAACCAAUCUGCAGACGCUUGAGGACCAGCUUAUGCCGAAAAUGUUUCCAUACAUGAUUGAGCAGCUAUGGUCGGUUGUAAUAUCUACACUGUGUGCUCAGUUAAAACCUGGGAACCAUCCAGAGUACUACCUGCAAAUGAAGUCGCACCUGCGGUGUUUGAUGUCAUUUUUUGGGCGCAGUGGUCUGGAUGAUCGUCAGUUGGCAAAUCUCGAUUGUGAGGCUCUACGAGACAUGCUCGAUAUCAACGCCAAGCACACGGACAAACUCAUGCUUGCGUACUUCGAGAAUCUGGCUUCUGAUGUGGUUACACCGACAGAAAGCUACGGGCAUCUGGCAUACAAAGCAUCGUACCUUGAGGAGACGAGAGGGAACAUUACUACCAUUGUCACAGUGUUACGUGGCAGUGAGUUGCCGGGUCAGGACACCAGCGGAUACAGUGACCCCUAUGUUGAGGUCAGCCUUCAGCCCCAGAGCCUGUUUGGAUUUUCCCGCUCCCAGAAAACACACAUUAUCAAGCAGAACCUCAACCCCGUCUUUAAUGUCACCUUCCAGUUUCCCAAUAUACCGAGGGAGGCAUUGAAGCAGUCGGGCAGUUGUAUCCUGUUGUCUGUGUUUGACCACGACCAUAUCGGGCGGGACGAUUUUGCGGGUGAGGUGGUCAUUCCACUGACCUUUUUGAAGAAGGUUGGGAUGGCUGAAAGGUCAAUGGACCGGAUGCCUGCUAUCAUAAUGCCCCUCAAGCGACCAAAAAAGCCAAACAAUGGGCCUUAUAAGAUCCUAAGUUUGCGGGAAUGGGAUAAGGUAGCAAAGAAGUUUAUUGUGGAGCGAAAUCGGUUUAUCCAUCGUCAGCCUGUACGGACAGACAAACCACCGGAUGGCGGGGGAUUUUUCUCCAGUUUCUUUUCCACAUUUACAAACUGAGGAGAUUUCAGGAAUAUGGAGCAAUGCAUUCUUGUAUAAUAUCCGACUGAGGCAUAAGAAUAAAAAUGAAAUAAUUGCAAUGUAAAAACUUCAAAUGUGCAAUCUAACUAUUAAAUCGUGUGUUUGUAGUAUAGA